UAAACCCUAAAGCCCUUUUCCCUCUAUUUCUCUUCUUCUACCUCUGCCAGGCUCUGUUUGGGCCCGUGUGCAUUCACCUCCGAACCUAGCCUUGUCGUCGUUGGUCACCUAACGCCGUUUACUGUUCAAUUCAGCGGUGCUCUAGUCGUCUCCGCCAAUCAAUUUCCCUUGCUUAUCCCUGAAAAUCAGUCCAAUCCUGUGUACGUGCAAAUUCAGAAAAGAGAAAGAAAAAAAAAAUGAAAGUGGAGAAGAGAAAAGGCGAAGAGAAAGUUGAACAAAAGAAGAAAAAACACAAGGAGAUAUUCCCUUACGGCAACUACAGAAACUACUAUGGCUACCGUCUAGGUCAGGACAUAGAAGAAGAUCCUAGACUAAAGGUCAUGAAGAAAGAAUGGUUUGAAGGCAAAAAUUGUCUUGACAUCGGCUGCAACAAUGGGAUUAUAACCAUUCAGAUUGCCAAAAAGUUUCAUUGCCAAAGCAUUCUUGGAGUAGACAUUGAUUCGAAUCGCAUAGAAGAUGCAUAUUGGCACCUGAGAAAAUUUGUAAAGAUAGACAGUGCUGAGAAGUUGCAUGGAAAGGAUUCGAAAUCAAAGGUUUAUGAUGAUGAAAACGGUCUAGGGAAUAAAGUCACAACAUCAUCAGAUGAUGAGACCAAACAGAACUUGAAGAAUAGUACCACUCUGGAAAAGAAUCUAUUUGACACAGUAUCAUUCCGGCAAGAAAAUUUUGUCCAGAGUCGACAUCCUCAGGAGAAGUUUUAUGAUACAAUUUUAUGUUUAAGUGUUUCAAAGUGGAUUCAUCUGAAUUGGGGUGAUGAUGGAUUAAUUACACUAUUUUCAAAGAUCUGGAGGCUGCUUAAACCGGGUGGAAUAUUUGUGCUUGAACCACAGCCUUGGAAAUCAUAUGACAACAAUCGUCAUGUAUCCAAGACAACUGCAGAAAAUUUUAAGAAAAUUAUUUUUCGUCCAGAAUGUUUUCAAGAGUUACUUCUUGACAAGAUUGGAUUUAGAACAGUGGAGGAUGUAACUUCUGCUUUGUCUGGCAGCAAAACUGGAUUCAACAGACCAAUUUUUGUGUUCCGAAAAUGAUUGACCUUAGUUAUGAAGUGUGAAGUAUCUUAAGCUUGGUAUAUUAUUUCUUCAAGAGGGUAAGAUUAUGUUGUGGGGGUCGUUGCUUGAUCUUAAUCAUGCCACAGCCUAACCGCUAUUUUGCAUAAAAUUUUGGAUGAUGCGCGCAAACUUGGAAGAUCUUCAGUUUGUGCACUGAACGAACAACUCUCGUAAGACUAAACUUUGUACAUAAGCAUAUUCUAUAGUGUACUGGUCACAAAAUAUUUAUAACCAAUAUUUAUGUACCGCGUAACAAGUAGAUGAGCAAACUAGGAUCCUAUAUUCUGCUAUAUACAUGUAUGCUAAAAUUGUCUCUUUUGUA